AUGUUUAAAUAGGGCUUCUAUUUAUUUAUUUAUUUAUAAAUAAAUUUAUUAAAAAACUAAAUAGUUAUUUUAAAUAAGAAAAAACAAAUGCUAUAACAAAAAAAUAAUUUUGAAAAUAUAAAAGAAUUUCUAAGCUCUUCUUUAGCUUCUCAUUAAUCUAUUACAAUAAAUUGUCCGAGUAAAAUAAGCAACGAAGAUUUUUAGGACUUAAGUUCUGCUCUAUCGAAAUGCUGCGAACUCAUAACUUUAAAUCUUUAUUUAGGAAACAAAAAAAAUAUCUCAGAUCAUAUAUAAAAUCUGUUUUAAAAUCUAGUGAAUUGCCAUAAUCUACAAAAUUUGCAUGUCUUCCUUUGGAAUAACGAAAUAGGGAUAAAGGCUAUAUCUGAGUUAGGUAUUUGCAUACAAAACUUCCAAGCUAUCAAAAAUUUAAGUCUAUAUCUAGAUAAUAAUUCUAUUUGCGACUAAGGUGCUAAAAAUUUAGGUGAUUCUAUAGCUAAAUGUAAAAAUUUAACAAACUUGACACUUAGUGUAGCUUAUAACUAAAUUACUGAGUAAUGUCCAUUCAACUUAUGCUCUCCUUUAGCAAAUUGUUAAAAUCUUUCAACACUUUUGAUCACUUUUGAUGGUAAUUCUAUUGGCGAUGAAGGAAUGUUAGGUCUAGCAUCAGCAAUUUAAAACUUAGUUAAUCUUUUAGAUUUUUUACUUGAUGUAGGAGGAAAUGCAAUUGAAGAUUUUGGCAUAAACGCUCUUUGCUAAAGUUUAACAAACUGUGCUAAGCUUUCUAAUUUAACUUUUUAUCUCGAGAGUAACAUGAUAGAGGCGAGUUGUGAAUAAAAUUUUUGCUCCAUUUUAAAUAGUUUGAUUCAUAUUAAGACAUUAAAAAUCUAUUUGGAUGGAUGUGUAAUAAAUGAAGAAGGAGCAUAUUAAUUAGGUUCUGCUUUAUCUAAAUUCAUGAACCUUUAGGAUUUGUAACUUUCUUUAAGGCUUAAUUAGAUUAAUGCUAAUGGUGCGUUACGUUUUAGUUCUGCUUUAAAAAGAAAUUAAAGACUUUAAUCUUUGUUUAUUGAAUUAACUUAGAAUUAAUUGAAUGACGAAUUAGAUUUGGUACUUAUGAGGCAAUUUUAAAAAAUGAUAAGAUUGGUUCAAUAACAAUUAUUAAUUUGA